CAAAACGCAGUCCCUCGGUUCAGCUCGGAGGAGUACAAAAGUGCCCGUGUCAGUGGCAGGACCAAGGGUUUGCACAUCUCCCUCCGGAACAGGAGGACGCAGCAUGUUUCUGUGAGGCCCCUCCUCCGGGGACCGCCGUGGACGCUGUCGGAGAGGGCGCCGGAUGCGACGCUGUCAUGGCGGUGCAGGCCGCCCUCAUGACUCCCCAGUUCGCCAACUUCUGCUUCCCGCCGCCGGUGCUGGAGUACGAGGCGGAGAAGCCGUUCGACGGGAGCCUCCUCGGGGAGGGCGCCUGCGAGGGGGACUUCCGGGAGGCCACGCGGGACCUCCUCAGCUUCAUCGACUCUGCAUCCAGCAACAUCAAGCUGGCUCUGGACAAGCCGGUCAAGUCCAGGCGGAAGGUGAACCACCGGAAGUACUUGCAGAAGCAGAUCAAGCGGUGUGCUGGCAUUGCGGGUACACUGGGUGCCGCGCAAGACUCGGGCAAGAGGCCGGGCUCGUCCCCACCAACGCACCCAGGCGGCUGUGUCCCAGCGAGGCCUCCCAGCAAGCGCGAUGGACUCCAGGCCAACCUGCAGAGCCGUAGUCUGGCGGCGCUCUUUGAGCCGAUGAGAGACGCGCGUGGGGACAAGGCCCGGAAGCCGCCGCUACGGCAGCGCAACCUGCCCCCCUCCUUCUUCACAGAACCUGCCCACUGCGCCAGGGUGACCUCCACCUCCGGUGUGACCCUCAAGGACUUGGAGCGCGGCAACCCUGAGGCAGCUGACUUCCUCGAGCUUCUGGGGCCCGAUUACAGCGGCAUGCUUAUGGAGCAGGAUGUUGGCCGCACUGCGCCGGCGAGGCUCCAGGGCCCCUUCGAAACGCAGCCGCUGGCCGGAGGCCCCGUCUACACGGAGCCGUGGGGCGGCUGCGCGGGCCCGCCGAAGACGGUUCCGCCUUGCGCCUCGGGCCAAAGCGCGAGGACGGAGGCACCGCAGCCCCCGCCCUACUGCCCCUCAGACUCGAGCGUGUCGUCCACGCUGGAGGAGGCCGCUCCGUACGCACUCGCCUUCCACAGCUUUUUCACAGAGUGCUCCAUCCCGCCGGGCGCCUAUGACUUUGGUGCGGGAUACAGCAGGGCUGCCUUUCCCUCCCUCUGAGGCGCUCUGGGCCGCCGGAGCACAGACAGGCCGCACGAGACGCAGCUAGUCCCGACGGGAAGCACAGUGCAGGCGAGGUGACAGCUGCGGCGUAGCUUUGCUUCUCCUGUUUCGUUUUGUUUAAUUUCUCUCCGUCUCAUUUUCUUGCAUUUUCAGCAGGAAGUUGACAUUCGGUGUCUCGGCCGCCUCGAACGGAUUUUGGUGGUAUAUUAACUUCAACUUUUACGCGACACGUGGUUUAUAAAAGCUCAGCGUCACGAAAAUAGUACUUGUAUUCAAAAGUUGAUGUAAAAAAAGAGUUUAAGUUUCAAAAAAGUGCCGUCGAUACAUUCUGGACCCGGAGUGUCAAAGUUUGACCGCGCAAACUUUUCUUAGAAGUUUUCUGAAGUCGUGAAAAAAUGCGGCAGAUUUAUAACGCUGCAACCUGUAGUUCUUGAAAUUUUGCAAUGCCCUUUGUUCUUGAAAGUUUUCCUGAAGAAGUAUUAUCCAAGGAUAUCCACCGUAAAUACAAAUUUCCGACGCAAGUCUCACUUUUCCGAGAGGUGAUUUCCAACGGAAUGAAAUCUGAGCGAGAUCAAUGCUAAUGGAAUGUGAGAAGUAUCAAAUACGACCGAGUUAUCAACAGCGUAAUCCGUAACGGAAGCAAUGCUAGUCUUCAGUCGAGGAUAAAUGUUCUUUACAAUAACAGGCACCUAAAGCGUUUUCACAAAGCAGGAGCUAUGGCGAAAAUAGCUUUUUAUGAAAUAGCAUUAAGCUUUGAAGUUAUUAUUUAUGAAAUGGAGGAAAAAAUGAAGAAUAAUUUUGAGUCAAAUGCCCACAGUUAACAUUUUAACUUUACUUUAUUAUGUUAUAAGGCUUGGGGCCUAGUGCUAAACGUGCUGCUUUUCCGCCUUCCGGUCCCUGUCCCAGGGUGUUCAACCGAGACAAAGUACUUUUCUGUCUCCUGUCAUAACUGAUGGACUAAUGUCCUGUUUCGUUCAAUGACCAGCAGGAAAAGACAUAUGGAGGUUUUUCUUGUUAGAAAUUCUGAAAAUCAAAGCGCGGUUGCACUCCAACAAGCUACAGUCAAAUAACGCAACCAGAUGCGUUUUUAAAGAGGAAGUGUCCAAGUUUCGGUUGAUUUUCCGUCAGAUUUGCAGCAUAUCGUAUGUUCCUUCCUCGAUUAACGCCAAACCCAGUCUCGCAACUAAACUGCGCAGCAAAAUCAAAAUGAUUUUAAAGUCUCUUGAAAAAUUUUCUCCUCACGUCUCUUUGACGAAUGUGUGGAAACGCUCACGGUGCACGCGUACAACGUACUUUUGGAGGAGAACGGAGUAGUGAGAAUCGCUAGUGCGUCCGUUGAACUGUUUACGAGUGACAUGAUGAUGUGCGGAGCCUUUCAUUUAGGGCGCCUUUCUCUGGAAGUCACCAGCCCGAGCGCAUAAACUCAUUAACAAAACAAAGCAUGGAGACAGUUUUAAAAAGGAAAAUGCAAUUUGUUACUUACUUUGAGACUCAAACUAUUAAUUUUGUACCACCCGUAAUGAUAGCAUUUAGAGAUGAUGAUGAGUACUGAAAUAACAGCAGUCACCUGUAGCUCUUCUAUAAUUCUGAGGAAUUAGAAGUAAUGGAAUUACAUUCAGAGACACUUGUUGGAGAAGCAAACCUUCCUCGAGUUCAUGGCGAACGACGCACAGUUACAUGUGCUCUGCUGCGUGUACCUGUGCGUGCGCUUCAUGGAUGUCCUGCUAUAGCGAAUGAUGGGAAUGCAUGC